AGAAGGUCCUUAGUCAUCGAUGAUGUCCCUUCCCGAUAUUACAGGUCGCUUACUAAAGGCCUUAUCCCUGCCCAUCGUUGGUACCACUAAAAAACGCAGAAUCCAUGAAAUCGGCAACGGCGCCGACUUUUUUGCUUCCGAACUCGAGCUCCAACCUUGGCCCACUACACCUUCCACACAUACCACAACCACCACAACCACCACAACCACCAACACCACCAACACCACCAACACCACCAACACCACCAACACCACCAAACCAAAAGGCUCCCGUGAUCUACAAAUCAAAUUACCCCAAGUACCCAAAUCAGUUGUCCUUCGCGCCAAGGAAGGAAUCACCUCCCCGUCGUUACUUGCUCUACGUCCAAUCAGUCGCGCCAGCUCCUUCAACAGCAGCUCGAGCUCCAGCAGCAUCCGAACCCUCUUGUCAUGACGUAUCGCGCCGACGAUCCCCAAGCAAGAAGCGACAGGCAAGUCAGCUCUGCUGGAGAGAGUACUGGGGGUGAAAAGGAUUAGAAGGAAGGGGGAAAAAAAAAGGGAAAGGUUGGAUAUCUGCAGUGCCUAUCAUGGCACCACCACCCCGACCCCCACCGUCGCCCCGAGCACAAUCGCGGAUACCCCGAUCCCGAAGAGCCAAAGCGCCCAUAAUACCCACACCCACGCCCCUCUCCGCUUUACCCACCAGCAGCCGCAACAACAGCAGCAGCAAGUUCCCUCACCCCCCUUCCGCACCACGGCCUGGGGCCUACAAGCUCCCCACCCUAAAACGCGUGAUCUACACCGGCGCCUUCGCAGCCGUCGCCGUCGUCGGCGCCAUCUACGGCGCCGGUCUAAAGGCGCAGAAGGAGUACCAAGAGGAGAAGCAGCAGGUGGUCGAGGCCAGCUACGAGGACCGCAUCGAGUACCUCGAGCAGCGGCGCGCCAUGCUCGUCACCCAGAAGAUGCCGCUUGAGCGGCGGCUGAGGGAGCUGAGGGAGAGGAUGCGGAUGGAGGAGAUGAGGGAGGUUAAGGAGGGUAGUAGUAGCGGUGGUGAGGGUAAUGUCGCGGCUGGUGGGGAGAAGUGAAGGCAUUGUUACUAGUGCUGGAACACGUUUACGGUGAUGCCUUCGAGGAUUGGUUAAGCAGCU